AUGUCGCUGCCCUUGGCGACGUUGAAGGAGCUCCAGAAGCUUGCAGCACUCAAAGCAAAGGGCGUGAUCCUUGAACGACAGUACGAGGUGAUCAAGAAACAUGUGAGGGAGGGCAACUCCCUCUCGAGCGAAGACUGGGAGGCCUUCGAUUUGGCGCGGGACCUGAGGAGCAGCGGCGUGCUCUCGGAAGAAGAGUGGACCACGCAGACGGUUGAGGGCGAGGGGGACCACAGCGGCGAGGGAGUGGAGGACGGCGAUUCUAGCGACGAAGACACUCGUGAGACGGCCAGUGGCCAGAUGGACGAGCUACGUCUUGUGGACGACGACGACAGCAUGGAAUCGGACAACGAGAUUCACGCCAUGGAGAUUCCGGAUGGGUUUCGCAUUCAAGCAUCUACACCGGCAGCUCUUGACAGUUCGUUACUGCAGCGUGGACUACUCGUUAGGCUGGGCAUGGGUUGGCUUGGGGGGAUAAUCACUCGACAGUCUCAGGAGCGCACUCGCCACCUUUACGACUACCGUGUGCAUCUCGACCUAGACCAAAGUACGCGCAGCAUGAAGCUGCCGUUGGAAAUGUACAGAGAUCCGGAUGCGGUGGUGGACUCGUGGAUCUUGCUUGAGAGGAGCACGGUCGAGCAGGUGGAUGGGGGCGGAGCUGCAGCCACGUUGGGCGCACCGACGGCGACAUCCGCUGAUGAUGACGAGUUGGGCACUUCGCACAGGACCAUCGCGAGGCGUGCGCUACUUCACCGCACGUUCCGGCAGAGCCAGUGGAGCGGUACGGAUGUUAGAAGCCAGCAGAAGUAGCGAGCGGUCUGCUGCUGCAGCUGCAACUGGGUGUUGGUAUGGUUAGAUUCCUCCCAUCUACCGGCGGUCAUCUGACGCCGCCAAUAAAAAGAGUCGUGUAUAACCUCGUCGCUCACCGAGGGCGAGGUUCCUGGGUUGACCCGAAAAUUUUGGGCUGAGAUAGAUUGACACGAAAAAAAGUGACGGUUGGCAAAUUGACACGAAAAUAGGUACCGGUUGGUAAAUUGACACGAAAAAAUAUUCCGCCGCACGUUGCCUGGCGAAGGCCAGCAGCGGCGCAGCCUCAAGUUCCAAAAAAUUCAACCCCAGCUGCAUCGCUGCACCGCCGGGAAACCCAACGGUCGCGCUCCCUCAUCGCCGCA